AUGGUAAAGAAAAAGAGACAAAGUGAUCCCGGUGAAAAUGGUGAUGAAUCCACCGAAUCUUGUGACGAAAGUGUGAAGUCUGCAUGUCCUCAUGUAGCCAAAGCAGUAGAUCUAACGCGUCUUAAAAAAGCCUUAAAAUCAGGAGGUUUUGAAAGAGAAUGCUCGGAGUGUAAAAAGAGUAAUAAAAUCGAAGAGCCUGACCCAAAUUAUGAAGAAGAUCUUAGUCUUUGGAUGUGUUUGCGGUGCGGCACGCAACUUUGCGGGCGGGCACGUAAUAAACACGCUCUAAACCAUUUUAACACACCACACUCUGACUGCCACUCGCUUACAGCCAACACUACAACAUGGGACAUCUAUUGCUACAGUUGUAACAAUGAAGUAACUGCCUCGAGCUCUAAAAAGCUACAUGAAUGCAUAGAAUAUGUUAAGAAGCUAGCAUCAAGUAAUAAACCACUGCCUUCUUUUGAGCCUCUUUUUGACACUCAACCUAAAAAUUUAGAUAUACUGUCACCAGCUGAAUCAAUAAUAAAAACAGAUCAAAUAUCAAAAGGGAAAGAGAAAGCCAUGGCUUUAAAUUUACCCCGAGUGAGAGGCCUCUCAAAUUUAGGAAAUACAUGCUUUUUUAAUUCAGUAAUGCAGUGUUUAGUUCAAACACCAUAUUUACAAGAUGUUCUGCAAGAAAUGGCAACUCCAGGAGAGAGGUUUACUUUACCUGGAGGUAAAUUAAAGAUCAAAGGUGAUGGAGAUGAUGGAAAAGAAGUGGAACUUCCACCAAUAACUGGACAGUUAGGUGAAUGGGGUAUCUUGACUCGUACACUGUCUGAAACACUUGCAGAAUUACAAGCUGGGGAAGGUGGUGUCUAUACCCCUCGUAAGCUGCUAUCAGCGUUAGUGAAUAAGCUGCCACAGUUUGGUGGUGGAGAUCAACAUGAUGCCCAUGAAUUGCUGAGACAUUUACUAGAAGCUGUGAGAUCUGAAGACCUUCGACGCUAUCAGUCUGUUAUACUCAGUAGCCUUGGUAUGAGUUCCAAGGUUGAUCCAGCCAAGGUUGAUGGAGAAGUCAAGCAGAAAGUCAAGUUCUAUGGCCAGCAAGCAUCAGAUACUAUGCUUAGACCUGAACAGGUAUUCCGAGGUUUUUUGGUCUCCACCCUGGAAUGUCAGGAGUGCUUCCAUCAUUCAGACCGAGUGGAAUACUUCCUCGACCUCUCGCUUCCAGUGGCAGCCAGCCGGCCGCAGCCCCCGGCCGUCGUGCGAAGAAAAACUCCAAAUGAGGAGAAUAUGUACAAUAUGCAAGAGGAAAAUAAACCUUCAAAACAUCAACUCAAAAAGGAGAGGAUGGCUGCAAGAAAAGCCGCGCGAAAGAAUAAAGGUGGUACUAACAACAGCAUGACUCGCAUUGAAUAUUUAUGUAAUGCUACAAGCAAAGAGAAGAACCCUGGUGAAACUAAUGGUGCUAAAGAAGAUGAAAAAUCAUCAUCUGAGCAAUCGGAUGCUGAUGUAGAAGACAACUUAGAGGACAUGCCCAGACAUGCAGAUACUCAUACUGCCUCUGUAGGCACUCAGGCUAUCGCUCACACAGCUGCCAACUUUGCUGCCUACCACAUGGAGUCGGGAUAUAACUCAGAGAAAGUAAUCAGUUCCGAUUCUAUUCGCACCAGCCCAAUAGACCUGGAUAAAGAAAAAACUGACAACACGCCAGAAACAACAGAUAAAGACAAAGAAUUUGUCAAUUCUUCAACAUCAACUACUAUUAUUCCUUUAGAAUACAAAUCACUGGCAUCACUUGAGAACUUCUCCAAUCCGGACUCGGGUGUCGCUAGUCCAGAGGCAACAAAACAUAACUCCACCGAAGCGGUCGACAAUGUUGAUUCUCCUACCAAUGGAAAAGAGUUGGGUAGUCAUAGCUCGCUUUCAAGUGAGAUAAAUUUGGAUCUGUCAAGUCCACAGCACAAUAAACUAUCACCAGUGAAAAGUGAAUACGAAAGACCCGUAUCACGAAUAGCUUUUGCUCCAGAGUAUUCUAAUGAAGUUGUUUCACGUGGUAUUAGUGUCAAAGGGUCGAGGAAUAUAAUGGAGCACAGCGGCGAAAGCAGUUACGAGUCACUACCUGAAAGCAAAACUCAAGAACCGGCAGCAUUCAAUGAGCUAAAUAAUCACCAAGAUGUUACUAACAUAUUGGAUAAAUUAAAACUCGAUAUGGAAGAUACUCAGCAGAAGCCCACAUUCUCAUCUCCUGUCGCUGUAGAGAACCCCAUUAUUGACCCUCCGCCAACAGUACCGAGGCCAAAAAUAAAUAAUAUUGAAGCUGAGAAAAAUCAAAGGGAUUUCUUAUCCUUCAACCGCCAAAGUCCCCUAUCCCCUCGAUAUGUCUGUGAUGAGGAUGAGUGCAGUAUCCAAUCAUGCCUCAGUCAGUUCACGGCUCUAGAACUUCUGACUGGCAACAAUAAAGUUGGUUGUGAAACUUGCACUGAAAGAAUCAAUGGUAAAGACGGUAAAACUGUAUACACAAAUGCCACUAAACGUUUUCUUGUUUCCAGUCCACCGGCGAUUCUAAUUCUCCACUUGAAGCGGUUUCAGAUCGGCCCUCGUUGUAUGUUCAGAAAGAUGUCCAAGCAUGUCGAUUUUCCAACUAUUUUGGAUUUGGCACCAUUUUGUGCAAUGGAUAAAUUAAAAAAGCUGCCCAAUGUGGCUCGUGGCCAAAACGAGCUACUAUACUCCCUGUAUGGAGUUGUUGAGCAUUCUGGUGGAAUGCAUGGUGGUCAUUAUGUUGCAUAUGUGAAAGUAAGGCAGCCUAUUAAACGGGGCGAUCCGAGGUGGUGGUUCCUUCCAAAGAGUGCUAAUAUACCGGUUUCCAGUGGUGGAGAUGGAGAUGGCGAUUCCGAAUCGGAUCUAUCUGGCUACGAAUCCGGCGAAGGCCCCACUCCAGUCGCUGAGCCCCCUGCAGGCAAAUGGUACUUUGUCUCAGACAGUAUGGUCUCUGAAGUGACGGAGGACAAGGUGUUGAGAGCGCAAGCAUACCUUCUUUUCUAUGAGAGGAUUUUAUAA